AUGCCGCCGCCGCCGCCGCGCGGCACAGUGAUGGUGUCGGCGACGUGCAACGCAGGGAACAUCACCCGCCUCAUGCAGCGGCACCGGUACGCCGUGGAGGAGAUGGACAGUGACGCUUACGAAUUUGUUUGCGGAAGAACGUGCGUGUUGUACCUUGAUGACUUGAACCAUUUGUGUGACAUGUCCUACCGGGGCGCGGUGUCACGGAGAAUCUCAUCCGCCAAGGCCCAAGUUGCCUCGUCUGGUCGUCGCGUUCUUCUGUUGCUGCUGGUGGGGGCGACAGAUCCGCGCCCAGAUGUGUUGGUUUGGCUCAACCUCCACUGCAGCGUGGAGCAGCGCUGUGCCGUGAUGCUGUGCUGGAACGAAGAGGAGUGCGCAAGCUACUUGGAGGGUCUGACAGACGGCUCUGUGGCCUCCGUAGACUACCGCACGAACAGCAAGAAGGAGAGCGCACCCAUCCCGGUACUCAUUGAAGCCUUUACUCAAACCCCCCAGCUAAUGACGCGCAACGACGUCGUCCGUGCAGCGCAUCGCUACGGCUCCGUCGCCGAGCUUCUCACCGCGUCUGCCGAGGAUUUGGCCUCCCUCCCCGGCUUUGGCCCAAAAAGAGCCGGAAGACUCCACACCGUCCUCCACGCGGGCUUUCAUGCUUCUCGGCGCCUUGUCUCGGAGGUGUUGCCAGAAAGUCAUGAGCCGCACCCUGUGCAGGAGUCGGAGACGGCGCCUGAGCGAAGCUCGGCGAGGGAAAAGAUGUUGAAGGCCCUAAAUGAACUGCAAUGCCGCGAACUGGAGGAUGACUCGCAGAAUGAUUGA